AUGGCCGCCAGCUGCCGUUGGGAAGUUGUCGGUGGCAGUGACAAGGGCGGAGUUUUGGUGCGAGAUGGGCAGAGCACCAGCUCGACACAGUUGGAAGAUCGGUUGGCAACUGGCUCCAUCAUUGAUGAGCUGGAGAAGAUUGGCGAACGAGUUCGUUAUCAGCUAAUCACUGGACAAGGGCCGCCAACUGGUUGGGUCAGCAUUAGCUUGAAAGGCAAAGAGCUCUUACGAAGCGUGCCUCAGCCAGCGGAGCCUGAGCCGCCUGAGCCCAGCCGGGCUGAAGAACUGCAGCCUACCCAUCCUCCAAAAAAGCGUUGGAGGCCAAAACUGGAGGAGCAACAGGCGAUAGACCAAGUCUCGAACAAGAAGGGCAUGACUGAAACACCCAAAGAGACCCUUGAGGAAGCCGCAGCCUCUGAAGCUUGGUGGUCCGAUGAAGCAAGGAAGACACCAUCGCCAGUAAAGCUUGACCUUCUGGAUGAAUUCUUGGCAUGCAAGGGCUCAGCGAAGGAAGCUCCUGGUGACUACCUGGGGGGCCAGUUGCCCGUGAUGCCACGGACCAUUGGGCUUCCUACCUGGGCAGCUCUCCCGGACAAGGCCAAGAAGCAGUUCCCCGAAAAGUCCCGGAAGCCAAUGAUUCGACUCUACUGUUUCCCUGGGGCAGCUGAUAACUACAUGUUGUGGUUGGAACUUGCAACUUCAGCACCACCAUGGUGUGAAGUCGCAGUUUAUGAGCCGCGUGCCCAUGGCUUUCGUCCCGAUGAAGCUUGGGAUCGGAGCCUGGAAGAGCGUGCAGAGGAUGCCUUUCGGGUCAUGCGUCCUGCCUUUGAGACUCAUGCCUCUGGCGGGGUGUCUGAAGGCGCCCCAUUUGGAUUCUUAUCUCAUGGAGUUGGCGGACAGUUCAUGGCCUUGCUGGCCCACCGCUUGAAGCAGGAAUUGAAUUUGGAGCCGUUGGUGGUCUUCGCCAAUGAUGGGCCCCCGCCCAAUGUACCAACUCUGUCCGAGGAUGGUUACAGGUUGCUGUGUGAGGACGUGCUUGGUUUCUACAAAGUGUUUCAGCCAGAUACAAUACUGCAGUAUGAGAAGAUGGGAGGAAAAGGGAACAAGGCCGCUGAGGCUUUGAUACAGAAGUGGUCCCGGGGUUUGAGACUUUUCGAAGAACAUGCUCGUCGAGGUUCCCAGCGCAAACCGUAUCACCAGUUUGGUUGCGAUUUGCACGUGCUUGUCGCACAACACAGCGUCGACAUGGACCGGGCUUUCGAAGAGCUUGACGCCCUUCAUCCUCAACGUGCCUGGUGGGAGCAACGCAAGAAGAUCACCGGUGCAGCAGAAUCUGGCUGCAACUGGGACCGGGAUGGCUUCAAGAAGUGGGCGGAAUGGACCGCCGAACCGGAUGAUUUUCAUUACCACGAGGUAGACACUGACCAUAUGACCAUCAAGAACUCGCCACUGAUGCGUGACAUUGUGUUCAAAGAGUUGGGAGGCUUCUGUGGAAUGGAUGACUGA